GUGCGCUCUAGCUCUACGGGCGAGAUUACGCACAGACCUCUCACGAACGAUCGAAAAAAACCAACGCUAAAUUAGAGUUUGUAGAUGCAUACAUUCUAAAUUGUUUAAAUUACGUCGACGGUAUUCGAAAUCCGUGCUCCGCUGACCGCGAACGCGAAUUAUUCCACCGGGUUUCGAACGUUGUCGGGCCACCUGAAUACCUUAAUUAUUUCUAUACACGAUACAAAUAAUAUAUCUGGGUUUCGCUUUCGGUGGAAAAUAUGAAAAAGAAAUCGGGCAAACGGGCGAAAUAUAACAAGAGGAAGAGAUUGAUAAUGUUGGGCGAAUACGAGGACGAGUCGUCCUCAUCGGGCGGGGAGCCGACGCCGACGAGAAAAAACAACUACAACCAACAGCAACCGCAAAACGUCCAGAACAAUCCCUCUAUACUAUCGCUGUUGAGGAGCGUUCUGAUCGUGCUGAGCACGGCUCUGGUGUGCUUCGCGGCCGCCAGGAACUCGAUCACUUGGCACUGCCAGCGGUUCUGGGGCGCGUCCGGCCACUUCUGGCAAGCGCAAUGGGACAUAUUCCUGGACAUCGUCGGCGAGGAUCCGUUCACGUUGUGGGUGUACUGCUCGAUGGCCAUCACGUUCUCGGUGUAUUGGUUGUUUGGAGGCAUCUACACUUUCAUGGACGUCACCAACAUGCCUUCUGUGAUUAGAAAAUAUAAAGUCCAGCCUGGAACCAACGAGCCGGUCGACAAUAAGAGAUUGUUACAUGUGAUCUAUAGCGUGCUAUUUAACCAAUUCGUCGUGGGAAUGCCGGUAUCUAUUCUGAUGUAUUGGGCCAUGAAAUGGAGGGGUUACCCAUCGUUGAGGGAAUUACCGACGUUCCAUUGGGUGUUGUUCGAAUUGGCCAUCCACAUUCUGACCGAAGAAGUGGGUUUCUACUAUUCCCAUCGGUUGCUGCACAGCAAAUACUUGUACAAGUACAUCCACAAGCAGCACCACGAAUGGACGUCCCCGAUAGCGGUGACGGCAAUUUAUUGCCACCCGAUCGAGCACAUCUUUUCCAACCUAAUUCCACCGUUUUUGGGGGUGUUUCUGAUGAGCUCCCACAUCGCCACGGCUUGGCUGUGGUUCACUUUGGCCAUUUUGUCCACCCUAAACGCCCAUUCGGGCUACCAUCUGCCGUUCUUCCCGAGCCCCGAGGCGCACGACUUCCACCACUUGAAGUUCAAUAAUUGCUUUGGGGUUUUGGGCGUGUUGGACAGACUGCACGGCACUGAUACCAGUUUCCGCCAGUCGAGGGCGUACAUGCGGCACAUCAUGAUGCUGAGCUUCAUCCCGCCCAGGGAGGCCUACCCGGAGGCCGAUACUUGCAAGCACAAGCUGGGCAAGCAGCGCUAGAGCCGUGUUAUUUUUUUGACAUAAAAUUUCGAAAUACGGCGUGUUAUCGACGAAUUUGUUUGAUGUACAAAAUUAUUGAUUGUCGAAUAAGGAUACUUUAAUUGACACCUAAGUAAUAUAUUAUUUGCGUUAUUUGUGUAUAGAAGGGUCAUACUUCAUACUGUACUGUUAUUAUUUAUUGGGCUGCUUAUAUGGUUUUGUAACGCUUUAAUAAGGGUUGGUAAUGAGACUGAUGAAGAAAGUGAUAGGGUAUAUUUUGAGAGUAUUAUUAUUGCAUCUCUUUGUAGUUUUUAUUUUGGAAUUUUAUGAUGGCAUCUCGGAGUUAGGGUAGUGAUAUUAAACAUAAGUAUAUUUAUGGUUUAUCUAAUAUUAUAUAGACGAUAAUUUGGAUAACUUUACGAUUCUAUUAAAUUUGUAUUGAAUAAUUAUGAUAUAUAUUUAUAAACUAUUCACUUUAGGCGACUAUUGUAGUUGUAUUAAUCUAAUGUACUCGUUUCGUUGGAUUCGAAAUUUUAGUAAUGGUGAUGAAACUCUACGUGUAAUGGAUUAUAAUUAGCAAGGAUAUACAAUAUUCUCAAUGCAAUUUUGGUGCAUUUCUGCAAUGCAUCUAUUUAUAUCACAUUUUUUUUAGAUUCCAAUAAAACUAGCUGUUUCAAAUCUACUUCGUAAUUAGGAUAACUUUUUUUAAUACAAAAUAAGAGCUUACAUAAUAUUACGAAUGAUUUACACCGAUUUAUUGUCUCUUUUACUGUUAUUUAUAUAUCAAUCUAAUCUUGUGGAACUCUAUAAACAAAUGUAAAUUUUAUACGGAUACUCUUUUAACUGGAUGGAUCAAUUUUUUUUUAUUUUCAACGUACAAUUUACGAGUACCACUAAGUUAAUAUGGUUAAAUUAUAAUCAAAAAUAUAGUGAUUUUAAUUGUGAUGAUCGAUUAUUACUAACAAAAAAAAAUGUAGCAAUAAA